AUGAUUUACCUCAACGUUUGUUUUCUCCUUCUUCUACAUUUUGUAUCUGGUGAAGAUAUUUGUCAAAAUGUUAAUUGUGGAUCGGGUAUUUGUAUUCAAACACAAAAUCCAGCAUUGCCUUAUUUUUGCCGAUGUCCAGGUGGUACAAAUACAAUCUUACCAUGUCCAAGUGAAAAUCCAUGCUCAAGAAAUCCAUGCGGGUCAGGCACUUGCGAAGCAGUGCCAAGUUUACUUCAUGGAUAUUUAUGUCGAUGUGCUGGCGAUGCAAUAUCGCUGACAAGCUGCAAUGUCACUCGGAGUGGUUGUUAUUCUAAUCCGUGUAUCAAUGGUUUGUGCAUUGAAGGUUUGGCUAGUUAUUUUUGUAAUUGUUUACCUACUUGGACUGGAAAAUUGUGCGAUGAACAAAUAACAUCACCAUGUUCGAAAAAUCCGUGCAAUCCAGGCAAAUGUCUUCAACUCAAUGAGCCAAGUAUUCCGUUUGUUUGUUUAUGUCCAAAUGGGCAGUUUGGUUUAUCAUGUCGUAUGUUUGGAUAUUUACCUUCCACCGCUCGAAUAUUCACUACCGCCAUCACAACAACAACAACAACAACAACAACGACAACCACAAGAACAACAAUGAGAACAACGAUAAAGUCGCCAUUCACGUGCGAUCCAUAUGAUAGUCGAUCUUGCAUGAAUGGUGGACGAUGUUUGCAAGCAGCUAACAAUUAUCGUUGUCUUUGUAAGCCAGGUUAUACUGGUGUCUUUUGUGACAUGAAUAUCAAUGAAUGCGCGUCAAAUCCUUGUCAGUAUGGAGGUGUUUGUUACGAUUUACAAGCGUCAUACAUAUGUUAUUGUCAAGAUGGAAGUUUUCGUUCGCGAUGUUUACCUAGAGCUAUAACAACUAGUACUGCUCGUACACUAUUGUGUCCGUGCCAAAAUGGUGGAGUAUGUAGCAGAAUCGGCUCUCAGAUUUGCGUUUGUCCAAUCGGGUAUGCUGGACGAUUCUGUGAACAUAUGUCAACCGUUGCUGCAGUUCCCAAUUGUAACGGUGUUCAAUGUAUCAAUGGUGGCACGUGCUACGGCAGCACAUCAGAUUCUACCCGUUGUUUAUGUAAAAACGGAUUUACUGGACGAUAUUGUGAAACUGAAUAUUUUCAAUGUCAAUCAAACGGUCGUUUUGUUGAUUUAUAUAAUUGUGCUCAAGGAAAAUAUUUCGAAUGUAUCCAUUUUCAAGAAGGAGCUAGUGCAAAUCCGUAUGGCAUGUUAUUGAGCCGAAGUUGUCCAGUAUCACUUCGGUUUAAUUUUCAAGCUGAUCGAUGUGAUUACGCUCAGAACGUGAAGUGUCAGUAUCAAUGA